AUGGAGCUUGUCGGCAUCUUGUUCCUACUUCGUAAGAAUCGUCUCCUUCUGAUAACUAAUGUUCAUUCUCUGAAUGCUUUUUGUUGUACAUACAAGACAUUUUAAACAGUUUACCAGUUUUGAUUGUGAAUUUGUAACUGGUUAGAUUUUUCUUUCCUGAUUCACUAAGUGGCAGUUUGCCAUUUUUCAUCAGACAUUCACGGUUAGUGCGAGUUAGAUUAUAGAAUGGAGUCAAACUAUAGCGAGUUUCUUAAUGUAUUGUAGCUUGUUUAUGUUUGGAAGAGAAAUCUUAGCAUACACUCCUGUGCCUGUAUCGAGUUAGGCCUAAACGAAAUAUCAUGGCAAAUUAAUCCCUGAUAUUAUUUGGACGUUAUAUAUUAAUAUUUGCCCGUAAGAAAAUACAAUGCUUAUGUUUCACUUUUUGCUCUUUCUAGAAACCUGCCUUGCAGUUGAUUUCAAUGUGGGCGAAGACACAACAUUUAUGAGAUUUGGCUUUACGCAUCCGGUCACCCAGGUAGUUCGAAUUUUUAAAUUUAUUCAAAAUCCUGUAAGCCACCUAGCGUUAACAUAAAACUAUUACUCUAAAAACGCAUAUAGCUACAAAAAAGCGAGUUACCAAGUUUAUUUUGCGGUGAAUUUAGAAUUGCAACAUGUCUUAAUAGUCAAUCUGUUUUAGGUUACAGCCUCCUCUCCCUCUAUCAAAAGUGACAAUUGCAAGAGAGAGGAGUUUUGUUACCAAAUAUUUAACGGUAAACCUUUUUAAAUUAAAAGCUCGUAUAUAACUAGAUCGGUAGUUUUAAACUGUUCGUACGCUUUUAGCAAGCAGAGGAGCGAUAGUGCGUGGAACAGUUUCCGAACCCGUCUCCGCCGUAAUCUUCUAUGUUCGACGAAGUUCAACUCCUCGUGCCCUUGUCAUUACCCGAGAGGACGCACAGAAUAAAGGUACGCUUGUGGAUACUAUGAACUGUAUGGCCUAGAAAAUGCGUUUUCAAGCAACAAGGCGUGACACAAGAGUGACGGCACUUCAACCAUUUUUGCAACAUCUAGUUAAGUAGUUCACAGACGCAAAAUGUGAAUUUAAACGUAAAAGCGCAGAGAAUAUUCCAUCUCACGCAAUGUUAACCGAGAUUUUGUACUGUGUGUCCGACCCGAAGAGACUACUUAUGAUUAUAACAUUAAUUCCCAUGCAGCAUAAUCAUAGGAUAUUCAAACCACUUCAGACUUCUAGAUGGGCCUUAUUUUCGACUGCUUGUAGAAACUAUAUCCUGUGAAAAUGACCAUAUAUGUAAUAGGAUUUUUCCUCAUUGACUGUCGAUGCUCUCAGAAAUACAAAUCUAUUUUAUAGAAAAACAGCAGGAAAAUAUUCUCUUGUGUGCUCAUUUGUUAGAAGAUAGCGUUUUCUGUAAAUUGUGCAUUUGGAAAAUAUUAUCGUUCGGCUUUCAAAAAGUUUCCGAUUGUGAGAUAUUUAAGGACCUAGAAAUGUUCAUUCAUAAGACGUAGUAACCCUGCAUUUAUUAAUGUUGUUUGUCAAGUAUACAAUAUGGUCAAAAUCCACCGCAAAAUAUCAUGAAUUCCAUAUAGUAUUUUCUCAGCGGAAUAUAAGAUUCAUGCUGUUUCUGCCAGUUUGUAGCUUGGAAACCCUGAAUGCUAGUGAACCGUCAGUUCGAGGCGAAAAUUACCCGAGGUUAUAGUGUACAGAAGAGGUUUCCAGGACACAUUUUAUGACACAAGAAUAAGAGAAUGUCAGACAUGUUUGCCACAUCUGGCUAAAUAGUUGAUAAAAGCAAAAUAUGCAUUUAAAUAUGAAAGUGCAGUGUGUGGGUGCUAUCUCAGAAAAUGUUAUCCAAAGUUCCGAACCGUGCGUCCUACCCGAAAAGAUAACUUAAGUAUGGUUGUAAUAUUAACUACCGUGCAGCACGUUCCCGGAAUAUUUCAGUCAGUUCUGGAUUCCGGCCUUUGAAUGGGCAUUUUCAGAUGCUUGCAAAUGACACACUCUGUAAAAAGUAACUACCUACCUAGUAUGACUUUUCCCAUUUUCAAAUCCAAAAUUAUUUUAUAAAAAACAUGCAUACAACGGUUCUUUCAUGCAAACACCUGUUAGCAGACAGUGUCUUCUUUAACUUGCCUUCUUAUAUGAGCAUCAUCCGGCUUCUAAAAUGUUUUGGAUUUCGAGAUUUCUUAGGGUCUCGAAGUGUCCAUUCAUAACACAUGAUGACUAUACACUUAUUAAUGAUGUCCAUACACAAUACAAUAUGGUCUAAAUCCACUGCAAAAUAUUGGGAAUUUAAUGUGCUGCCUGCCAAAGGGAACGUAAAAUUCGUGCUUUUACUCAUAUGGAAAACACACCGCUUGUAGUCUGGGAACUCUGAGCGUAAGUGUAACGCCUGAUCGGGUGGAAAGUUACUCGAUAAUUGAGUGUUUCAAGGUCAUAUUGCGCUAUUUCCUCAAGCAUAAACUUUGAAGGUGACACAAUUUAAUACGAAAGGGGUAUUGUGACGAAUGUUCUUAUGCAUGUCGCCUAUAUAACAAAUUUGAAUUUAUAGGAGCAUUGAGAAUCAUUAUAAAAAAUUCAUAUCACUCAGGCAGUCAUUUUUUGCAGAGUGCAGUUUUUGCAGGCCGCCAGAAAUAAAAUCGCCUGAUAACUUGCAUCCUGAUAUGACCGAAGUAUCUCGGGAUCUUGCUGCACUGCCAUUAAUAUUUCAACACUACUUAAGAAAACUUUUUGAAUCGGAAACAUUUUUUGUAAUUUUGAUCACUAUUUUAUGACUUAACACACCUACCUACCUACAUUUUGCGGUUGAGAAGAAUGAUAAAGAGAGAACCAAUCUCGACUGCAACAAAUCCUCUUCGUUCCUUGUUUCCCAUCGUCACAAAAUUUUGAUUUGUGCUCGCCUUCGCCAAGAUAUCAUUACUCGGGUUAAUUGUGUACUGUUUGCAAGAAGUCGAGAACUCAAUAAUUCUUAUUUGCAACCGCAAAACAAAUUUCGUAAGUAAUCAUACUUGAGCAAUGGUCAUGAUCUAUGCACCUUCCUAUUCAGUUUAUCAGUGUAGCAUGUGUUUAGCGGCUUCCUUUCCCCUAAUUGUGUGUUUACGCUAGAACCAACACUUCCACGCGGCACGGUUAUUGACAAGACAGUCGAUCUGGAGGCAGGAUAUCACUUUGAAUAUCUUGUCAUCUUUAGGAAUGAGGUUGAGGUAGGCUAAGAUUUUUCCUCGUUUUUACAGUUUUUUUAAUAUCAAUAGUAAAUUGGCACUCAAAAGUUACUCCUUUUAUUUAAAUUCUAAAGAAAAUCGACGUUUCUGGGGGCGCGAAAUUGGCGAGCGACUCUACACCAUCCCCAACUCUGGGUGUAUACAGCCCGCUUUGUAGGUCUUUUCAAAUGUUUAGUGUGUCAUAUGCAAACAAGCCAUUACAUCUCAUCGGCUUUUACUUCCGUUGCAUUGAUGUUUCAUUCUCCCUUAGCAUCAUACAUUAUGCGGCCAAGACAGGAGUGACCACAUUAUCGAAGAUUUCCUUAAAAGCCGAAGUAAUGUUACGAAACUUCUCCAUGAGAAUAAUGUCGUAAAAUUAUUGCCUUUUUGUUUACAGACCUUAGAGAUCCUCAAUAUGAUCUCGUCAUGCUGACCACCGGGUAUAUCGAAAAAAAGUCAAUGUAUUUCCAGCUGCAGUAUGCAAACGGUGGCACCCAGACAUUCACCUUUUACCCACAAAGGCAAUAUGGAGCUUACUACCGUGGUUACUCUGUAUCCGACUUCAAUGGUGUAGCUUCAAUGAACUCCUUGUGGUGGGUUACACUUGGCGGAAUGUCUCUACGUUUGCUUUAUGUAUAA